AUUGCUGUUGCAAAUUCUUCUCUUUCUCUGUCUCUCUCUUACGAUCUCGUACCCGUUUUCACUCGCCCAAUCGGCCGUUUAUUCGCCGGGUUUCGUACUGUGGGAAGAGUCGGAAGACUGUCUAACUCAUACCAGAAGAAUUUCUCCAUAGACGAAGAAGAAUUAUGGAUCCAUCAGAACUUAGGUAUUUGGAAGAUGAUGAUACCCCAGUGACUAAGAUAAUGAAGGGUACAACCACUGGUUUAGUUGCCGGGACUAUUUGGGGUACCAUAGUUGCCACAUGGCAUGAUGUGCCUCGUGUUGAGAGAAGGGUUGCACUUCCUGGGUUGAUAAGGACUCUCAAGAUGAUGGGUAGCCAUGGGAUGACUUUUGCUGCUAUCGGUGGUGUUUACAUUGGUGUAGAUCAGCUUUUACAGAACUAUAGGAUGAAGAGGGACUUUAUCAAUGGGGCAGUUGGUGGUUUUGUUGCUGGGGCUUCUAUUCUUGGUUACAAAGGUAGAAGCAUUCCGACAGCAAUUUCUGCAGGAGCAGCGCUGGCAGUUACAUCUGCUUUGAUUGAUGCCGGGGGUCAGACCACAAGAAUCGACAACGGAAAGGAGUACUACCCUUACACCACAAAGAAGAGGACAAAUGACAACAAUUAAGCUCUCAUUGCUGCUCCCACCGAUAGAUGAAACUUUGGCUUCUGUAUGCAACAGAUUCUAUCGCAGUUUGCCAAACUGGCUGUGUGUUUUUGGAGAUAUAACCAUACUCUUCUUGUGUUAUCCCUUCUUAGCAUCUACUUCUUUCGGUACUCUGAGAGGAGAUUUCAACAAUAAAAUGUUUUUGGGUAUGAGUUGUGGCCUCCUCGCAGCUUUAGCAUUGUCAAAUAAUGGAAUUUCUGACUAUUAUUGGACACGAGGUAUCGCUGUCUUCUUGUUUUUUUGGAUGUUUAUGUACGCUCCUAAGAUAUGGAUCAUUUCAGUACAUGUCACAGCAGACGCUACCAAUGUGGUGCUUGGAUUGAUGCCAGGCUUUUGGCCAAAUGCAUAUUUUAGUUGUUAUA